UUGGAAAAUAGUCGAAGUACUUGCCUAAGACCUGACUUCGUUCGUUCGUUCGUUCGUGAGUGACUCCCUCUCUUAUGGUUCAUGUCCCAAUAAAUAAUACAAUAUAUUGUUUACUCAGAUUAGAAAUAUACUUUUUUUUUUCUUUCUUUCACUCUGACUUCACUCUCACUCUGACCCAUUUCUAGAGAGAGAAACUAAAAUCUAAAAAGAUACACAUUCACAAAAUAUGGGAAGGUCUUCCUCUUCUUCUUCUUCUUCUUCCUGUUUAAAGAUCAUUGUUUGUGGUAGUGAUUCUGCUGAAAAUGAUGAUCACAUUCAUUCUUCUCAGCAUAAGACAUCAAAUUAUAAACGCGGGUGGAGUUUCAGGAAAAAAUCUGGAAGGCAUCGAGUGCUUGGCAACAAUGUCAGUUCAGAAAAUGCCACUUUUGCUGAUAGAGAGACCGUAAAAGGUGGUAAUAUUGAAUUCGAAGCUCCCAUUAAGUCUACUUUCUCCAUUGAUGAGAUUAGUAAAUCUGUUGAUGAAGUUACUAAACCCGUUGAUGAAAUUCUUAAACCUGUUGAAGAAAUUAGUAAACCUGUCGACCUCACUGAAAGUCAUAGUGAACCGAACGCAUCUGUAGUGAUGGUCACUUCAGAAAACUGCACAUGUACCAAAUCAAAAGUUAAUCUGGAGGAGGUUGCUUUAGAAAGUAUUACCAAUGAAACAUCAGUUGACUCAAGAAUGGCUAAUGAAUCAUUUAUUUCAAAAGAUAAAAGCAUCGACACAGCUGAACUUAAGAUUUCUGAGUUAAGGGGGGAUUCAGUAGAAGGUCGUGAUGCCACUGUUAUUAUGGAUGAAACCAUCGCCAUUAUUAUUCAAACAGCUAUGAGGGGCUUCCUGGCUCAAAGAAAAUUUGUGCAGUUGAAGAGUGCAGUUAAACUUCAAGCGGUUAUCCGUGGACAUUUAGUGCGAAGAAAUGCGAUUGAAACUUUGCAUUGUAUCAGGGCCAUUGUUAGAGUUCAGGCCAUUGUUCAUUCUGGAAGUUCAAUAUCCUUGGACCUGAAAAAUAAACCAAAUAAUGCUCGUUUUUCCACUAUGAAGCUGCUUCAAAAUAGUUUUGCACGCCAGUUAGAGUCAACGUUAAAAUCAAAAUCUCUAAAUAUUGGAUGUGACCCAAUGAAGCCAAAUUCAGCCUGGACUUGGUUGGCAAGAUGGAUGGCUGUGUCAACGUCUGACACUGUUAAAAUCUCAGACCCUUGUGUGGAACUAGAAACUGAAGACGUGGAUCAGAAAAUUGCAUGUGAAACAGAUGCUGACUUGCCCUCAGUGGUUUUUUCCGAGUCAAUUGAUUUGAAGUUAAGCGUGAAGGAAGGUGCAAAGUUGACGGAAAAUGAUGAACACCACAUCGGUGAUGAGAUUACCUCCACUAAUGCCUGGUCAACUACUCCUUUUGCAACAGACACGAUCGAGCAAACUCAUCUAGAAGAGCAAGAAAUGGAUAUCAACGAUGUGGGUUCUUCGAAAACCGAGGCAAUCACAACUGAAAUUUCUCCAAAGCAGUCGGCAACAUCAGAGUUGAAUGUUGAAGGAAAGAAGUUUAUUUAUAAAUCAAGGAAGGCAAAUAAUCCGGCAUUCAUUGCUGCACAGUCAAAGUUUGAAGAGCUAACUUCAACUUCAGCUGCAAUCCCAGAGAGAGCAACUCAUUCUUCCCAUCUUGAUGUCGGAGCUGACUCCCUCGUUGAGUCAGACCCAUGUCUAUCCUUUAAAGAUAGUGUCGAGAAAACCAAUAAACCUGGUGAUACGGAAACUUCUGGAAUUUCUGACCCACGAAUUAUUGUGGCUGGAUCUGAAUGUGGGACUGAACUCUCAAUUUCUUCCACUCUUGAUUCACCUGAUAAAUCGGAUGAUGAAGAUGCAGAACUUGUGUCAAAAGCUCAAGUUUUGGGUGUUGAAGAGAAACAAGAUAGUGAAGCCAUUGGUGUAUCGAGCAGCUCUGUGACUGAUAUACCUCAGCAAGAAGUUCAUGGGAUCGAUGUUUUAUCUGUUGAUCCAGUUCCAGGUGAAUUGAACCCUCCAGUGGAACACAAAGCUGAGUCAAAGGAGCCUAAUUUGCGGACCGAUUUUGCACCGGAGUGUCCUGUGACCAAUGUGGACUCACCUGUGGCUGUGAAUCAGAAACAUCGAGAAAAUGUAUUUAAUGAGGGAUUGGAAGCAGAUCGUCAAGCAUACAAUUCGUCUCCUGAAGCCUCACCUAUAAGCCAUAGGACCGUCACUAAAUCUCAAGGAACACCUUCCAGUCUAGCAUCAGCAAAAGGUAAAAAGAACAAGAUUGAUAAGCAUGGGUCCAACAGAAAACGUAGUUCUCCGUCUGCAGAACAAAAGUCUCCAUCUAACCGAAAUGCUGACUCGGGUGCAAGAAGUAGUACUGAGAAUUUGAUGAAGGAUCAUAAAAGCGGAAAGAUAAGGUAUUCCAUUGCCUCUACGAUAUCUGAAAGUGCCGAUCAGGAGCCCAGAGAUAGCUGUAAUCGUAAUGCUCUUCCGAGCUAUAUGCAAGCCACAGAAUCUGCCAGAGCCAAGGCCAGUUCCCCGAAAUCAAGCCCAGAUGUCCAUGACAAAGAGGUUUACUCCAAGAAAAGGCAUUCAUUACCUGGUGUAACUGGGAGGCAUGGCUCUCCUCAUGCUAAGAAAACUACAUCGCCAUCGGCACAGGGUUCAAAAGGAAAUUGUUCCAAUCCUUCUAACGUUCGAAGAGCCUGAUUUGUUUACCGGGUAAUUCGUCCUUGCAGAGAGAAAAUGGCUAAGGUGAAAAGAUGUUCCUAAAUUCCAUACUUGCUAGUUCUUACCGAUGCAUCGAGAACGUGUAAUCAAGUUCUAUAUGCAAAUAGCUUGAGAUGUGCUCUAAGCCUUGUACAGUUAUUGUGCCUUUCUACUUGAGCCUAUUUGAUCAUUCAAUUAAGUGUGUUUAGUUUGUGAAAUAUAGUAAAAGAGUGUAUUUAAUUUUUUAAUGUACAUUAUAAUCUCAUCAUUGUUUUUUUUUGUUUUUUCAUCAACUGAAUUUUAAAUAUUAAGGUGUGCGCAUGUUUGAAUGA